AUAGGCAGUUAUUUGUUACGCGCAGAGAUAGAAACUGUCCAGUGUAAAAUACAGUGAUAAAUACAAAUAGUCUUUUUUGGAAACUUUAAAGAGUGGAGUGGAGCUUUAAUAGCAAUUUAAAGAUGAGCUACCCUCCGUACGGACCGCCAUCUUAUGGGCAACCAUCACUCUCUGGGAACAAUUCUAGGCCCUAUCCACCACCAGCCGAACAUCCACACCCAUCUUACCCAUACUACGUUCCAGGCACCGUUAUGGUACCAGUGCCUGUUAUGCCAAUGCCACAGAUGCCGAUGCCACAAAUGCCGAUGCCACCAAUGCCGAUGCCCACAAUGCCAAUGCCCGGGCCACCACAGCCUAUAGAAGGUCAACCCACGUACAUAACCAAUUACAUCUAUCACGGCGAGAGCUCCAAUCAAUCAGAUAAAGUACAAAUAGCCGAAAUUGGUGGGGAUUUCGACUGGGUGCCCACUACUACAACAACAGCUGGACAUUUGUCAGGGAAAGCGGUUCUUGGGGGCCAUGAGGGUUGGGACGGAAGUCCUCUAUGGGUGAUACGAGCAUGGCAUAAUGGAGACUUGAUACCUGGAAAGCUUUCAGUGAGACAUAAGUCUGCUUCCGUAAUGUAUAACGGCAAAGAAAUUCCAGUGCAGAAUAUCGAAGUCCUUUGUUCGAGACCGGAUAGCUUAAGAUGGGUUCCUUCUUCAAAUGGCAUUAUUCCUCCUACAGCUAUUCCUGGAGGAAAGACGACAUCCGGUGAAGUGUUGUAUGUGGGUCGAGCGAGGCACCAACUUUCAAUUACCCCAGGAAAAGUUCAUCCUAGUCAUAACUGCUGUUAUAUAAGUUUCGGAGGAUCGGAAGUGUCACAUAAAAUGUAUGAUGUCUUGUGUAGAAUCAGUUAGGGUGUUAGACGAGUUGUAUCUAUGAGCUAAAGGGCUAGGCAUAGCAUAUAAAUACACUAAGAAUUUAUAUCUACUAAUUUUCUUUGUAAUGCUCAUUAAAUAUGUAAAUUAAU